CCACCGCAAACUGCUGGAUUCGAAUAUUUCCACACGCGGCAGCAUGACGCGAAGCAUGUGGUUGAUGGUCCUGUGGGCAUGCGUGCUUGCGUUCCAGUCCACGUCGGUGGAUGCAAGCUCGUACUUCGUCUUUGACCUGGUCGAUACCGAGGAAGAUUGUUACAAGGAAGACGUGGUGUCCCGCUCCGUGAACAGCGACAUCUUUCUUCACUUUGAGAUCUUGGAACCACUUGCCACGGAUGCGAUCGAUGUGCGGCUCACGUCGCCGUCCGGCCGCGACGUGCAAGCGUGGCCGUUGUCCAAGGGCAAUCACUCGUCCAUCCUCGUCCGCGAGUCCGGGCUGUACACCGUCUGCUUCACCAAGACAGCGUCGUCGAGUCGCCGGUUGAGCAUCUUGUACGCGUUUGACCAUGCCAGCAUCGGUUCCCGCACCUUGACGCGGCUCCCUGCGUCCACGUCCACCAUCGUGCGCGCCAAGCCCGACGAAACUAGCUACACGGAGCUCAACCUUGAGACGUCGGCCAACGGCGACGUGCAAUCGAUGGGACUGGUCCAGUUUCCCUUCUCCGGCGUGUCCAAGAGCAUCAUCCACGACAACACGCGGAUCAUGCUGAGUUUCUCGGUGGAAUACGCGUCGGCGGCGGAUGUGGCGGUGAGUGUCGCGCUGGUCGCGGGGGGAUUGAAGCACCCGUCCACCUGGAAUGCAAUGGCCGAGCAUGUUACUUCGUUCGUAGCCAAAGCCAACCAGGCGAUGGUGGCGACCACUGGCGGCACCAUCUUCUUUGACAUCACCGACGACGUCACCGCGGCAAUGCAAGCAGAAGAGUACCCGUCGAUCGUGUACUCUGUCCAAGUAUUGAAUGGCAGCGCCCGGCUCACGGGCAACGCGCAUGCGUUCGUGGCUCACUACCCAGUCAUCACAUUCGAGGACAUUGGAUUGGACGUGAUGCGUGAGAUCGGACACUUUCGGUACGCAGUGUGGGACCUCAAGGGCGAGCUCAUCUCGAUCAUCCAGAACGAGCGCCACAGUCGCAAUACGGCGGAAGCGGUCUUAUCGCGCGUGGUGUGGGGCACCGUGCUCACGAAUGUGGUGCUAGUUGCACUCGCCGUGGGCCAAGUGCUGUACGUGCGUACCCUCAUUGGCACCGGCUACUCGUUCUGAACACUCCACAUCGGGCCACCAUGUAAUAUAUGCAAGGCGCUUCGAUUUGAUCCUCGUGUAUUCCAGAGGGAUUAUUUCUACCCGUAGAUGAUAUAUAGAUUGCUCGAGUUGGCAAUACUAAUCGAUGAAACGAAUCAAAUUUAAAAAAUUAUUAUAAAUAAUAAAGAAUUUUUUAUAAAAAAUAUCAAAAC